AUGAAACUCUCUAAUUCCGCUCCUUACUCGCUUUUCUUCUUAUCGUCCAUUUUGGGACUAUCCUAUGCCGCCGGGGGCUCUUCUCAUCUGAACGAUGAAUCGCCAUGUGUUGCUCAUUCACCCGCUAGCGGUCUCUAUUACGAUCUGAACCCUAUCUCAUUAUCUCCACCAGAAAUGAAGAAUGGCAAGAAAAUAUCGCCGGACGAUCGCGAUGAAAGCUGGACAGCUAAGGGGCAUGACUACCCCGCCAAUUUCACAUUGAAUGUAUGCGCUCCAGUGAUGGAGAACUUUACAACAGUGGAGGGCGUGCCGUCGUCGCGAUGGUCGAAUAUCAGCGCGUUCUACGAACAACAUGGAAAGAUAUAUUCAAUGGGUGAACAAGCCUCUGAACCAUUCUUCCGCGGCCGCAAACUCGUCCUCAAUUAUACGAACGGCUCUCCUUGUACCGAUGACUACAACGGUGCUGGUUCAAACGCCUCCAUUCGGACCAAGUCUACACUGAUGUCCUUCCUUUGCGAUCGCGAUGCUCCACAGAACCAGGCAACUGUGUCUUUUGUCGGUACCAUGGACUCCUGCUCAUACUAUUUCGAAGUUCGCAGCUCUGCUGCAUGUGGUGGAAUUGCCGUGGAUCCCAAUUCUGGUGGAAUGGGCCCCGCAGGCGUAUUUGGAGUGAUUAUGCUCAUUGCUGUGGCCGUCUACCUGGUCGGUGGCUGUGCUUACCAACGCACCGUUAUGCACCAACGCGGCUGGCGUCAAUGUCCUAACUUCAGCUUGUGGGCUGGCAUGUUCGACUUUGUCAAGGACAUGUUUAUCAUAGUUUUCUCAUCCUUGGGCAAUUGCCUUCGUCUCAGAGGCUCGCCAUCCCGUGAAGGCUACACCCGUGCUGGAUCUGAUAGCCGAGGGGGCUUUAUCGGUGCAAUUGGUGGCCGGAGAGGCGGAGGAUCUGGUGGUCGAGGCGAUGUCGAUGCCGAAAACCGCUUGAUAGAUCAGCUGGAUGAAGAGUGGGAUGAUUAA